GGAUUCAGUUCGCUACGGCUGUGUUCCCAGUGUCACACUAGGAAACAGCAAAAUAAGGAUGGAAAGGCACAGACUCAUCUUUGUUAAUAAUUCAGAAGUAUCAGAAAUACCUGCAGAGUUCUGGUGCCUCACAGUACCAUAUAGGAGCCUUCCCCCACAAUAUACUAAACUAAAUCAGCAAUAGCAGAUUGAUAUUAAGAAGCAGAUGCUCAGGUAGGGUUUUUUUUAACCUGUACAGUACUUAGUGUUAGGAGAAUAGUUCAAUACUUGCAAGGGUCUCCUCCUCCAUCCUUUAUUGACUGUUCUUCAUUCUACGUUUUUCUUGUUAAUAGCCCGUAUGGCGAAGGAAACAGGUCAGUGAUUUCACCGUGUCUUGCUUUUAUUAAUCCCGAAUCGUGGAUCAAGUCAGAAGCAUUCAUGGCCCUGGUGAUUUAUGGAUUGCAGUUUUCGCUCCUAGUAGUCCUGGACAGUCAGAGACCGUCAGAUGCCAGCCUGAGCAGCUGCAGCCCAAACAUCAACUCAGACGCAAACGAGCGAAGUGUGCGUGGAUGCGUGAAAGGGCCCAGGGAGCCUCUGUGCGCAGAGGAGUUCAUUGAAUAACAGCGCAAGAGAGAGUGGUGCUGCUUUUUGCAAGCUGCACAUAAGUUAUUAGUUUCACACGUGUAGAAAGCAGACUAUCAUUUAGUGAUCUGAAAUCCAGAUGACAGAUUUUAUUGCAAAGCUUGGACGGCUGCUUAAAGAGAAAUAAAGAAAAGAACACGGAAUACAUGUGAAAUGGGAACACUUUCGAAGUGAGCCUGAAAAAGGAGGAACAAAGCAGAAGGGAUAAAGAGAACAGCAAUUCUGGAUCUGAGCAAGAGCUUACAGGAAUUGCAGGGGCAAGGGAGGAGAGAGCCCUCGUCUAGUUUAUGCUUUCUUUGGAGAGCCCUAGCCAAGCCCUUCAGUAAAAUUCUGAUUUUCUAUCACACUGUGAUUAGCUGUCAUGCUCCCUGGGGAAGAGCUUGCAGCAAUGCGAGUGGUGGAUGGUGCCCGACAUCAUGGACAUCACGGACAUAUCGCUACUUCCUGUUAAGCAAAAACGAAUAGACUUUCUCAGUUCUAUUGCCCUCUACAUCGACAUAAAUCAAGAGUAAUUCUUCCUGAAAUCCAGGGGAUAUAUGACCAUUAUAUUGGUUAAAUGUGUAUUGUGAGAGAACUUACUCAGUUCUCAAACAGACUUCAGUUGUUUGCGGCUUUGCUGGGGGCAGAUUUCUUGCUAAAGUGAGAAUCGGUAUAAUAUUUUAGGGAAAAAUAAGAGAGGACAGGGCAGCACUCAGUGAAGGGCCAUUAAUUCCAUCGUUUCCCUAUUCAGGCCUGGUAAAACAUACAUCUGCUGCUUGAAUUUUAGCCCAAGAUCAAAGGAAUAUUGUGAAGCCCUGUGGUUCAAAAAUGUUACAUACUUAAAGCAGUAAAUUCUCACAGGGACUGUGAUCCUCUUGCAGCAUGGAGUUCCUGCAGACAGACUGCCGGGAGGGAGAGCGGAGUCGUUUCUUGGGAACGCCAUGGCAGCAGGUACCUGGGUGUCCCAUGGGUACAAGCAAACCGUGCGUGUUUUGCUGCUGCGGCGCUGUGGCCUUUCCUCUCUGUGCAACGCCGGCACGUCUGGAAACCACCAGAGAACGGAUUCGGUGCUGCUCAGUAUCCUGCUUGAAAUGACUUUGCCGAGAGCCAUCCAGGUCUUACUUAGGAUCCGUUAGAGUAGUGUGCCAGGUGCCUGGGAGUAAGAAAUGGGAAAGGCUUUUCCAUGAACUAGCACAGAGUUGUUCCCUACAGAAUUUUUUAUGGACAUUCAGAAAAAAAUCCUGAGCUGCUUUAAUUUCCCAUAAAACGCAGGAAGUGAAUCGGCAGUGUAAGUGCCUAUGAAGGCAAAAAAGAACUGGAAUGGGUCUUUCUUCAGUUCUUUCAACUUGAUAAUGAAGGCUUGAAAGGCUGUAAAUUGGGCUUUUUUGUUUUGUUUUUAAGUCUUUAAUUCAUUCUGUGUUAGGAAUACAAAUCCCGUCCAGACUGGGCAACUUUCUGGACAGGCUGAAAGGAGGUCAGGAUGUAUCGGAGACACCGGAGAACACUGCAGAUUUGUCUAUCCGGGGAUGUUUAAAUCUCAGCGGUUGAUUGCCCAUUUCGCUGUGUUGUAGGACAUGUCUGAGCAUGGUCUACUGGACACGGCACACGUUUCUUCCAGGACAUGAGUGCAAGCAGAUGUCCUGCUCAGCCUGUACAAAUGCACAAAUGAGCUGGAAUUACUUGCAAUCAAUUGACUCCAGUCAAAUACUUCUGUGUUUCCAUGUUCACAGUUUGUGUAGACAGAUCCUGAGAAGGGAAGUGAUUUUGAGUCUGACUAUUUAAAGUUUUUUUGUUUGAUUUUCUUAACAGCUGUUUCAUCCCAACACUUGGGAGAAAAGCUUCUUUUCUUAAGGACUCUUCAAGGAUCUCCCAGAUGGAGAAUGAAGCUAUUUCCCUUCUACAUUUCCUGGAGUCCUUCUGUGAGAUCAAGGGCAAAUGAUUCCUGAUAUUUUGAAAGUUAAAAAAAACAGUGCUGGAAUAAAAGAUGAGGUUGAAAGAGACCCAAACAACGUCCUUUCAGGCUCCUGUCACCAUCCGUAAUUAUCCAGGCAACCAGGUAUAUGUGUUUCAAAAUGGCCACUCGGAUUCGGAAGAGUCAUCAGAGGAAGAACUUAAUGUUACGGAGCUGCGACCCAGGGGCAAAGAGCAGCAGCGGUGCAGCGCUGCCCGGGACAAAGUCGGAGACGUGGUGCUUCUGGAACGGGAGAUCAUGCAGGACGAUAAUCUUAACAAGCUAGCCCUGCAGUAUGGUUGUAAAGUCGCAGAUAUCAAACGUGUCAACAACUUCAUCAGGGAGCAGGAUCUGUAUGCGUUGAAGUCCAUCAAGAUCCCUGUGAAGACCCAUGGGCUGUUAACAGAAAUUGGCCAAGAACUAAGGCCUCUCCAGACCGCACGCUCCCAGGUUGGCCUAACCCUUGUGGACAUUCCUGAGUCUGACGGCGCUGCAGCCAGCAACUGUACUGAAAGCAGAUACGUGAAUGAGUACUUUGAGGGGAUUGACAAGAGUAUUCAGGAUGCAGUACAGGUAGAAGUCCAGCUCAAUGCAGAGUAUCGUGUAGAAGCGCUGGAGAGGCCGUUGCUCGAGUCAGGGAAGCAAGAGACCAGUAAUGGUGCGGACUGUGGAAUCCAGUGGUGGAAUGCAGUUUUUAUUAUGCUUCUGAUAGGAAUUGUCCUGCCAGUAUUUUAUAUCACCUAUUUUAAAACACAAGAGAGUGGUGCGACAGCCCAUACCUCCAACACGACACUAACCUCAAAUAUUUCGGCAGAUGGAUUAGAAGGGAAACUGCCACAGAACUUUUUAAUUGUAGAAGAAAUUCCCAAGGGGAGAUCAAGCCAAACAGAGCCUCCCCUCCCAGCACUGAAGUCCAUAAACCAGUGACUCUGACUGUAGUGGAGUCGGGGGGAUAACGAUACAGUAGAUUUGACUUUCUUUUUUUUUAAAAAAAGUAGAUGAUGUAAUCCUCAACUCGACUGAACCUGAGGUGAUGUGACUUUAUGGAAGAAUAAGGAUGCUUUGUUGCUUACAAAGAUCAACAGAGAGCUGACUUUACAUUCAUGAACUCUGUCAAGGGAAAGUAUUUUGCAGCAAUUUAUUCUCCUGUUUGCUUCAGGUAUUUCUAAAGAAUGGUCUUGCCUAAGAAUCUGACCCCUUUGCUGCUGUGUUAAAGAUUACAGUAUUCAUAUGAUUGGAAAGUUAUGGGCUGUGUGCACUUUGAGAAAAUACUUUUUGCAUAGAGGAAGAGCAGGAACUUCUUCUCUGAAUAUACACUUUUAUCUUUUGUAGACCGUGGCAGUCCUGGCAUACUUCUAACCUUAAAGAGGUGACUUCUGUCUUGUUAGAGCAGGUGUGCACCAUGCUAGUAUUAAAACAGCACAAGGAGGCUGAUAUCAUCUCACCAUUUCAUCCUUUUGAGUGCGUAUUUAAGCUGUUUAUUAGGAUGAUUCCAGCCUACCAGUGAGUUGGGUGUGACCAGACAUUUUCUCCUAGAUGAAAGUUUUCAGCAAGUUCUCUUGAAAUCAAGUAUCUUUGCAGGCAGAGCUUGUCACGGCCGCAUCCCUGCUUCUGCCAGGUUACUGCUCCUAGUAGAGUACUGGCUGUGAGCGACAGCAGAUGUCAAAACAGUAGAGGAGGACGAUUUGCUGAAGACAGUGUUAGGCCUGUGGUAUGUAAUAUGCAGUAUGUAAAGGCUCACUUCUUGUUGGGAAACUGUCUCUCUCUCUCUCUGUGUGUGUGUGUGUGUGUGUGUGUGUGUGUGUGUGUGUGUGUGAGUGAGUGUUUAAAUCCAUAAGGGCACAUCUUAAGCACUACAUUUCAGUCACAGACUUGAGUUUUCUUGUUUGCAAGUCUUCAAAUGUGAGAGAAUUGCUAAGUAAGUUGAAUCUUAUUUACAAGGUCUAGGAAAGAAGCCCUACAUUACUUAGGCAGUCACAGAAAGACAUGUAAAUCCUUUAUCGGAUGGGGACGGUGAAGCUGUACAGUAGAUGUUUCUGUGAACUGCUGCUGUUUGCAUUAAAAAGCUUUUGCGUGAAGAGGAGAGACUAAUGAGGCGUUGGUGGCUUGCAGUAGCAUUCUGCGAGCUGUCACUAUGCUUACAGUGUAUGCUGGUUAGAAAGAGUCAUUAAAUGGCAUGUGCUAGGCGUGAGUGGAAAAUAAGACUUUGGGGAGUUUAGCUGCAAAGGCGACUUUAUUUCAACUGAUUCAGAGACUGCAGACAGAGGUAAACUCGCUCCUGUGGCUGAACACUAAGGUAUUUUGCAGCACACUUUUGUUAAAGAGGCUAUAUUGGGCUAUUUUAAUCAGCUUUUAGUAAACCUUAGGAACAUUAAAUAAGUCCUUUCCUUGAACACUUACACUGUAGGCUUUGCUGCUAUCAGUUUUGCCGCCCCCCCCCCCCCUUUUUUUCUUUCUUGAGGGUAAGGGCAGAGCUGAUGGGUUUAAAGCAGUUGUUUUUCUGCCCUGUCUUUGCCCCAUAUUGGCUCCCUUGCAUCCUAUUUGCCAUCUUUCCAUCAAGAUGUCCACCGGAGGUUUGGGGAGGGCAGAGAAGCAUACAGCCUUCACAUGGAGCAGGUAAGGGGAAGAAAUUAGAAGGUGGUGGUGGUGCAGCGUCCCGAAAUGGCCCGGUUGUGGAGGCUGCGAGCCCGUUAUCCGCCUUUCACUAGAGGGCACUGGUGCUGCGCGGGUCCUGCCGCAGGGUGCAGGCAGCGGGUGACGCUGUGCGGAAUAACUGAGUCACAGCAAACUUGCGAGGUGCUCUGUUGUGGGUGUUUGUGUUGUGCUGGUUUCCUUGGGUUUGGUUUUUUUUGUUGUUGGGUGUUUUUUUAUUGUUGUUAAGUGGACACUGUUGUCUAAGGUGCCAUGAGCUGCUGAGGGUGGAGGUGUGAGAGGGCAUUGUGCUCAUACAGGUUCUUCUGGGCGUGAGGAAGAGCAGAAAUACGUAUUUCAGCGCAGAAGGAACGCUGUUGGGGGUUGGCAGCUUCUGUAGCACGGUGUGAGGUACGAUAGACAAAGCAAGCAGAACCUUACAGUUUUAAACAAAUAACCCGAUCUUCCUGCAGCCUUUAUAAAGCUCUCAGGAUCCAGGCGAGCACGGGGGAAACCUAAUUUUGGCAACAUGAAACCUUGAAAUAGCUGUACUGGGGGAAAAAAAUAUAUACAUUUUUUUUUCUUCUGUGAAGGAAAAGUAUCCCCCUCUGUUCUGUGGGGGUUGUUAUUACAUUUUUAAGUAAAGCAAAAUGCAAUAAAAGCACAAUGAGCGCUA